AUGCUAGAUGCCGACUCAACAAUAUAUGCGUUAUCCACAGCACCAGGAAGAGCAGCAAUUGCCGUCGUACGAGUCUCUGGUCCAGCAUGCGCCUUGAUAUACAGGGCCCUAUGCCCCGGCAAACCAUUCCCGAAACCGCGCUUUGCGGCGCUUCGCACCCUAUACCACCCCUCGCAUCCGCCCUCCCCAAGCACUGUUCUUGACGCGGGCGCCCUAGUCCUUUACUUCCCCGGCCCGAAGACCGUCACCGGCGAGGACGUAUUGGAACUACACAUCCACGGCGGGCCCGCAAUUGUCAAAGCUGUCCUCUCCGCUAUAGCACGCACCAAUCACCCUGACACGGUAGUCCGGUAUGCUGAACCGGGCGAAUUCACCCGCCGCGCCUUCAUGAACGACUGCCUCGGGCUUCCGCAAAUCGAAGCCCUGGGAGAUACACUAUCCGCCGACACAGAGCAGCAGCGACGCCUAGCUGUACGCGGGGCAAGCGAUGCCCUCUUGAAGCGAUACGAACGCUGGCGGCAGACGCUGCUCUAUGCGCGUGGCGAGCUGGAGGCGUUGAUUGAUUUCUCCGAAGAUCAGCAUUUCGACGAGUCAACUGAGGAACUUGUAACCUCUGUCGCAGGGCAGGUGCGUGAUCUGGCGGUGCAGAUUGGGUUUCAUGUGCAGAAUGCUAGUAAGGGCGAAUUAUUGCGGAGUGGGAUUCGGGUUGCACUGUUAGGGGCGCCGAAUGCCGGGAAGAGUUCGUUAUUGAAUCGGGUUGUUGGGAAGGAGGCGGCUAUUGUUAGCACCGAGGAGGGGACUACGCGUGAUAUUGUGGAUGUUGGUGUUGACCUUGGGGGGUGGUAUUGCAAACUUGGUGACAUGGCUGGGAUUCGGGCUGAGGUUGGUGGGUCUGUGGAGCUUGUGAUUGGUGCUGUUGAGAAGGAGGGGAUUCGCAGGGCUAGGGAGAGAGCCCUUGAUUCUGAUGUGGUGGUUGUGGUUGUCUCGCUGGAAGAUGUGGGCGGGGAUGUGAGGUUGUCUGUGGAACCUGAGGUCUUGGACGCCGUGAAUGACUGUGUGGAGGCUGGGAAGUGCCUCGUUGUUGCGGUCAACAAAUGCGACAAAUUACCCGCUGAUGAGAGGGGUGAAUCGCUACCCCAGGCUCUGGCGAACACUAUUUGUGAUGUCUUCCCAGCUGUGCCUGCAGAUCGAGUCUUUGCUAUAUCCUGCGAUGAAGCGCAGCGCCGGUCGCUGCCUUCUGUUGGAAAUAAAGGUCUGGGUCAAGCAGACCCGGGCAAUUUACAGGCAUUUUUACGAGGGCUCAUUUCGACAUUUGAACAGAUAGCCUCGCCGCUUGGCACGGAAGGCGAUGAACAUGGUCAAUACGAUAAAUCGUAUUGGGAAGAUUCAUUGGGCGUCACACAUCGACAAAGCUCGAAUCUACAGAAAUGUCUCGACCACCUGAACGAUUUUCUAUCCCAGGCCACCACUGCUGCAGCCUCCGAUGCUCCCCAUUACGCCCCUGACCGUGAUCCAGCAUCCGUCGAGGUUGAAAUCGAUAUCGUGACCGCCGCCGAACACUUGCGCUUCGCCGCCGACAUGCUGGCAAAAAUUACCGGCAAAGGCGAGAGCGGGGAUGUUGAAGAUGUGCUCGGCGUUGUCUUUGAGAAGUGA